AAAAUUUUUCGAACAUUUUUGUUGUGGAAUUCGCGCCGGCUUUUGGAAUGUGGGUUUAGAAGAAAAAAUUACUCUGGCUGGCAGUAAUAUUUCAGUUUUCGAUUGGCAGCGUCAAUAUGCAGGAUUUCUUAAACAGUUUCAAAAAUCUAAUUAAAAGCGACGAUACUCGCACAGAUAGUAAUGUGUUUAAGUUGCAUUAUAAAUUUACAGUCAUCCUUUUGGUGGUUUUCUCAAUCCUGCUGUCCAGCAAACAGUACUUUGGUGAUCCUAUAAGCUGCGAUGUGAAUGAUAAAAAAGAAACCGUUGAUGUUUUUUGUUGGGUUUCUGGUACUUUUAUUAGGCCUGAUACUGUGACAAGUCAAACCUUAGCCGCUUAUAAGCUUGCGGGUUUAGGUAAUCCUGUAGGAACAGAAAUUUAUACUCUUUUUUACUAUCAGUGGGUUUGCCUGUUGUUCUGUAUUCAGGCCCUAAUGUUUUAUAUUCCAAGAUAUUUAUGGAAAUCUUGGGAAGGGAAUAGAUUGGAAAUAAUUGUUAAGGAUUUAAGAGGUCCUCUGUCACCAGACAAAUGGUCUGCAGAUUAUAAAGAUAAAAUUACCAAUUUCAUGUUUUGUACAAGGGAUCAUAAUGCAUAUGCUCUUUCCUAUGCUUUUUGUGAACUGCUGAGUCUAGGCAAUUUGAUCCUUCAAGUAUUUUUUAUGGAUUGGUAUUUAGGCGGAAAAUUCGCAAGAUAUGGAUAUGAAGUGGCCACGAAACCGUGGCCAGUGGCGUACAACGCGGUUUUCCCAAAAAGGACUAUGUGCAUAUAUACAACAUUUGGACCUUCUGGAGGAAUUAAUGUUAUAGACGCACUCUGCGUCUUACCUUUAAACGUCCUCAAUGAAAAAUUUUUCCUUAUUCUUUGGUACUGGAUCAUCUUUCUGUUUCCAGUGACCAUAGGAGCGUUGAUUUAUAGGGCCGUAGUACUUACUACAAAACAGUUUAGGGCCAUUUUACUGAAAGCUCAGAUAAGACAACUGCCCACUUCAGAAGCAAAUACGAUUGCAUAUAAUUUAUCUUAUGGGCAGUUUUUUAUUUUGUAUAAUAUUGGUAAAAAUUUAAAUCCGAUGGUUUUUCAUGAGCUGCUGGUUUGUAUUGCGUCUAGGUGUAAAUCGUAUGUUCAUUUGUGAUUUUCAUGAAAAAAAACUGUUUGUUCUUUACAAUUAUUAGAAUAUGCUCUGGAUACUUUAUGUGAAAAAAAUUAUCUACCUGUAGGUUAAUUUUUUCAUCUUUAGUGUCAUAUCUCAAGUUCUAAAGCCUCACUAUGUGAUAAGUGACAAUACCUCAAAUUGUGAUAAAAUAAGUGAUAAGUUUAUGUGAUUAAGAUUAGGUCUCAAAAUAUCCUUUCACUUUUCGUACAAUGAUCAAUUAUAAUAUAUAAAAGCGGCCAAUUAAGCUAUGCUGUUCUGUUGUGCCAGUAAAAAACAUGGUAAGUACAUGGGUUUUUGAAUUUUAAAAAAUCGUAAAAUAACGCUUUUGAAGACGAGGUCUUUGUAAAAAUGUAAUAUUUCCUACACAAAUACUUUGUCCUUUUUGAUUGGUCACAAAAUAAAGUCCAUUAAGUGUAUACAGGGUAUGCAACGAAGAACUGCGAUAAACAAUUUUUCAAAAAGUAGGCUUUAGACAUUUUUGAAAAUUUGGCAACGUCGCACAGUGGGGCCAAAUGUCCAAAAACUGGCAUUAAUUCUAGGGGUUCUUUAAGAUGCCUUAAUUAUCAAUAAUUAAAGGAUUUAAAAAAAAAACAGGUUUAUAAAUUUUAUAUAGCUUUUAAACAUUUUUAAUCGAAUUAAUUAAAGAAAAAAUUUAUAUAAAAACAUAAAACAUAAAAAUAUUAUUCUGCAAUUAUUACAGAAAAAAAAAACACAAAAUCCAAAUGAUUUUAUUCAGAACUAUCAUCCUUCACUAUCGUUUAUGGACCUAUUAGAUAACUGGAUGUCUGGGGCCCUUACUAAGUCUAAAACUUCCUUCGGAAGAUAUCUUGAAAUCUUUUUGGAAAGUUGCUUGUAGCUAGUCACAAGAGGAUCCGAAGUUAUAAGCAUUCAAUUAAAAACAUCUUUAUUAAACUCGCGAGAUGUUUCAAUAUUAACAUCAAAGCCACUUGAUAUUGUAAUUAAAAUCACAUGCAUUUUUUUUAGCUCUACGCCUACACCCGUUAUCUGAGAUGCAAUAUUUGCAUUACCAAAAACCUUCAUGAUUUAUUUCCAUCAUUACUGUUGCCAAAACCAGGCUUAGGUUUAUCGACAAUUAAUCCUAAAUUAUUUCUAAAUUCAUUUCGAAUACUUACUUUGUUUUUUGCCACAAUUUCUUUAUCUUCCUUUCUUACUUGCAAUUUUUUACGGGUAGUUUGUAUCCAAUAUGCAAGAGGCAUUUAAACAAUCUUAUCCAGCAAUGAAGCACUGAUAACCCAAAUUGUAAUGUGGACGGAUCAUAUCAUGGUCUUCUGGACUUUUUGUUAAGAUUUCGAUAGAAUAUAGAUCUUUAGAGCUAGCUCUGCAUAUGUAACAACGUUGAGUUGAAGUGUUGUGUUGAAUCUCCAAAUCUCUUUGAUUUUUUGUACAGUGCAAAGCUAUAUUGCCAUUGUUGCUGUCGAAUUGACCAUAAACCUAAGAGGUACAAGGAACACUAUAAAAACGCUUGGAUCAUCGCAUUUGUACCAACACAUUUUUGUUUGUAGGAUGUGUGACCGGAACUACGAGGGCGGGUCAAUAAGUCCGUGACUUUUUGGAUAAAAGACAGGUUUUUAUAUACAAAGAAAAAUUUUAUUUUUCAACAUAGUGUCCUUUGAGUUCUAUACACUUAGUCCAACGUUUCUUCAAUUUUUUUAUCCCUUCGGAAAAAUAUGAUUUGUCGAGGUCAUCAAAAUAGGCAUUUGUUUGAGAGAUGAUUUCGUCGUUGGAGUCAAAUCUCUUCCCGCUGAGCCAUUUCUUUAAGUUUGGAAAUAGGAAAUAGUCUCUAGGGGCUAAAUCUGGAAAAUAGGGCGGAUGAGGAAGUAAUUCGUAACCUAAUUUAUGGAUUUUUGCCAUGGAAACUGCACAUGUGUAGACCCUUGCAUUGUCCUGGUGGAAAAUAACUUUUUUUUUUGGCCAAAUAUGGUCUUUUUUCUUUCAGUUCCUCAUUGAAUCUAUCCAAUAAGUUGGUAUAAUAUUCUCCAUUGAUUGUUUUCACCUUUUGAAGAUAGUCAAUGUGGAUUAUACCGCGUGCAUCCCAAAAAACGGUCGCCAUGACUUUAUUGGCUGACAAAGUCACCUUUGGCUUCUUGGGCGCCGAUUCACCCCGAGAAAUCCACUGUUUUGACUGCUGUUUGGUCUCUGGCGUGUUGUGGUGGAUCCACGUUUCGUCCACGGUGACAAAACGACGCAAAAAUUCGUCAUGAUCAUUCAAAAUUGAAACUACUGAACCAUGUGAGAUGCGUAUGGCUUCCACAAUCUCUCUCACUUUCAAUCUCCGAUCGGCUAAAACCAUAUCGUGAAUUUUUUCGAUUGUUUUGGAUGUAGAGACCUUGACUGGGCGUCCAGAAUAUUCGGCAUCUUUCGUGCUUGUACGGCCACAUCGAAAUUCAGUAAACCACUUCUUUACCAUGGAAAUGGAUGGUGCAGAGUCCCCAUAAUAUUUAUCAAGCUUAGCCUUGGUUUGAGUGAUGGUUUUUUUUCCGUAAAAAAUAAUGCUUAAUGAGCACACGAAAUUCACUUUUUUCCAUUUUCUUCUCAAAACGAGUGGUAGUCUGCUAUCAACAGCUGUCAAACGCAAACUAAAUGACGCAGCUUGUAAAAAUUUUGACAGGCGUCAACUGACAGUUCUCUGUUGACAGGAGCAGAGUUGCCAUUUCCAUUAAAGGGCGGGAAAUUCAAAAAGUCACGGACUUAUUGACCCGCCUUCGUACCAUCACAUCCCCACUUAGAUAGUAAACGCAUUUCUUGAGGUUUGACUUGCAGAAUUACAUCUUGCUGCAAUUGCAGCAAAGGUUUAGAAGUAUGGUUUAAUAGAUCUUGAACUGGUACUUCUGCAGAUGUUGCUGUAACAGUUAUGUUAUUUGGGUAACAAGAUUUCUUGACUGCUUGAACUGUUUUGUACGACGGGAAUUUCUCUGGAUCUUUUGCACGAAUAACGUUACAUUGGUGCCGUGUCCGUUUGGCUUCAACCAUAGUCGAAAGAGCUUCUCUCCAGACAUCUUAGGCCGAGGCGUUUAUGCGAUUAGAGCAUUUCUGUAAUCAAAUUCGCGUGUAGGUGAGCGAGUAACUUCUACAAUGACUUUGGCAGCAUCUAGCCGUCCACAUGACCUCAAAUUAAUUUUCAUGACAAAUCCAAGCUGACAUGUUGACACAUUUUUUCUAAAAUUUUCAGUUUUUAGUCAUUCGCUUCGGUUAGAGCAAUUUUCAAAAGCUAGUUGUGGAUGACCCGGCCGUUUUGCAGAUAUAUUUUUAUGCUGGGUGGAACCAAUUAAAGUUUCUAGCCAUUCUUUAUUAUUUUUAAGAAGUGGAGUUUCAAUACGAUGUGCCUAACUCCACUUUUCCUUAAGACGAAAUGUAAAUUGAAACAGAGUAUGUUUAAGUUCGCCUAUUUAGGACAAUUAGUUAAUUCUUUAAGAUGGCCUUUUAAAAAAUUAAAUUGCUCAACAAGUUUUUCCAAGCCACAAUUUUUCAUUAACUUAUAUAGUUCCAAUCUGGAUAUAUAUAUAUAAAAAUGCAACUUUUUGAUUUUUUCCAAACAUUUCAAAAUCGGAAAAAGAUCAAAUCGUUCUGAAAGCUGAACUAAAUUGGUAAAUAAAUGUGCUACAAUUUUCCCCAUUUAAGCAAUUUUCUAUCUCUUAUAGUUUCCAAGAUACUCAUACAUGUAUACCCAAUUUGGGCUACACUGUAUAUAUAUAUUAUUUGAAUUUGAUCCUGUAAGAAAAACAAAUAUUUCAGAAUAGAUAGAUCAUUGCUUCAAUCACAUGUUUGUAUGUAUAACGUAUUUUAAAAGUCGCAAUUAUUUUUAAAAGGGCAAACAGAGCAACGAGUGCUAAUGAAGUUUAAAACUACAUAAAUUGUACUAUCAUCCUGCAUAAAAUCUUAAUGUGGAACGGUGUGGAACUAGACUUUACAUGCUUAUUACAUUAAAUUAAUUACUACAAAUAGUAUAUACGCGAUGGUAACUCAUCCAUUUUACAAAUAAUUUUAGGAGUACACACUGUGGAAUAUAGUAGUAACAAAAUGUCUUAUGCGAGAGGCCCGAGUUUUAAACACAAAUUGCUCUUAUCAAAAAGUAAAAAUGUCUAUAUUGCUUUAUCACUCACACAAUGUAUCGAUGGCAAAUACCCAAAAAAAGUAUUGUCUGGAAUGUUUAUUCAAUAAAUAAGAUAGAUAUAUGGUGA